ACACAACACCGCGGUCUUCGUCGCGCACGAGUUGGUCGCGGAAAUUCUUUGUGUGUUAUCAAACCGAAACGUUACUAUCAACUCGAGAGUGUCUGCUGUGUGUGAGUCAAUGAACGCGCGUCUCGCAGCUGCUUGGGGGAGGAUUCCAAAAACAACAGCCGCCCAAAGAUAAUAACGCAAUGUUUACGACGCCGCUAACGCUGCUGUUGCUGCUGGCCGUCGGAAUCUGUCACGGCACGGAAUCGAUCGAACUGGAACGCAAGUUGACCGCCCGGUUGAACCCGCACUGCCCGGAGGACGUGUGCACCCCAAACGGGACCGAUGUGACCGUGAUCCACAUCCGGGCCGAUUCGGCCAAGGACACCAUCCAUUACGUGUGGGAUUUCACCGGCAAGCCAACGAUUCUGGUGGCGCUGACGGACAAAAGCGCCACGUUGGACAUUCAGUGGGACGACUUCCUUGGCGGAAAGCCCGAGUCGGUUCGGUUCAGCAAGCAGCCCGUCUAUACCUUUAUGACGGUCAUUAACAGGAUAUUCCAGUUCGAUGACAUCGGGGACACGGGAACCAUAACGAACCAGUCGAAGGCUUUUGUGUACGACCCGCAUACGUUCGCCUGGAAUCGGACGCUGCUGUGGGCCAGCGAGCGGGAUGUGAUGCUAGCCAUCAACGCUAAAAAUGAUUUUCUGUUCAAGUUGAACGCCUUCUCGAUGCGCGACCACGGGCUGGAUUUUCCCCACCUGCUGCACUCGUCCAACUCGACCCAGGUGGACAUCGUGUUCAACAACGUGAGCUCCAAGUUUGACCGGCCCCGGUUCGCGCUCGAGCUGCUGUUUGUCGUGUCGGAGCAAGCCGUCGCCGGGUCGGACUUUGAGAUCACGAAGCGCAAAAGCCUGGACGACGAGCACACGCCGGGCAUCUUUGAAAUCAUCGACGUGCUGUCGCCGGGGGCGUUCAAGUUUUCCGCCGGUGGGUUCAUCGAGUACAGGCCCGUGUCGUACACCCAUCCGGAGCGGGACGUGUCCACCUCGACGGAGACGCACCAGAGCGAACCGCAGACGGUGGAGUCGCCGGCGAACGCGUUGAACUCUACGCUCGCGUACGCCAUCUACGGGCAGGAGUUGGACCGGCUGCUGGUUCAGGGCAUGAACAUCUCGUUCGGGUUCAGCGGCGACGGGUUCUACACGAAGACGAACUACACCACGAUGACGUUUCAGGUGGGAGUCGGAAUGCCUCCGGUUGAGCAGCUGUCGGCGUUUGUGUUGAUUGUGGCUGGGAUCGGAAUUGGCGUUCCGUUGGUUAUGCUGGUCUUUGGCGGAGGGUACGUUUGCUUGCGAAAGAUGCGGGCCCGGGGUGGAACCAACGUUUGACCGAUUGCGAGCCGCUGCCAUCUGUAUUUUAGCAAGAAUUAUGUUUUAUUUCUCAUUUAGGCUUAAGUGGUUGACUGCGUAGGGGAGAGGAGAGAAACGAUUGUUAAGCUUUUUCUAGGAAAUCCAACAAUAUCAAUGCCUAAACCGUAAGCGAAGUAAAGUAAUCCAAUUGUGAUAGCAGAAUGUAUGAUCGUUGGGCAAAAUAGUAUAAUAAAGUUUAAUUUUCUAGGCAAAUAUAA